UGCUCUUGACGCGCUGAGGAUGUGGGCAGGAAACGCCAAGCAAGAGGGGAGAAGCGAUCACGCUUCCCAGCACCAUUGCACAAUACGUGCAAUCAAAAUGUGCUUUAAUCUACGCCGCUAAUGCCCAGGAGCUGUCAUUAUCGCCAGACCUGUGAUCCGCGGGCACCGAAGACGAGCGUGGGAGCGUUUGCCGGCGACGGAUUUGACUGCGAUCCGAGCGAGAGGGCUGCCUUCCCAGCCAGCUUGGUUUGAAAACAUCGGGGCGGCCAGCGGGUGGGAGAGAGGCUUCGUGGAAAAGGAGGUGUCUGCUUUGCUAAACAGCCAUGAGGGAGUAUAAAGUGGUUGUUUUGGGAUCGGGCGGAGUCGGCAAAUCCGCAUUGACUGUCCAGUUCGUGACGGGCUCCUUCAUCGAGAAGUACGACCCCACGAUAGAGGAUUUCUACAGGAAGGAAAUCGAGGUGGACUCGUCCCCCUCCGUGUUGGAAAUCCUGGACACGGCGGGGACCGAGCAGUUCGCCUCCAUGCGAGACCUGUACAUCAAAAACGGCCAGGGGUUUAUUUUGGUCUACAGCCUGGUCAACCAGCAGAGUUUCCAGGACAUCAAGCCGAUGCGAGAUCAGAUCAUCCGGGUGAAAAGAUACGAGAGGGUGCCCAUGAUCUUGGUGGGGAACAAGGUGGAUCUGGAGGGAGAGAGGGAGGUCUCUUCCGGGGAAGGCAAGGCGCUGGCCCAGGACUGGAGCUGCCCGUUUAUGGAAACUUCAGCCAAAAAUAAAGGAUCAGUCGACGAACUAUUCGCAGAAAUCGUCAGGCAGAUGAACUACUCCACUGUUCCCAGCGGCGGUGAUCAGUGCUGUUCAUGUGUCCUGCUCUAAAAAACAAAAAUAAAAAAAAAAUGUAUCUGGGCUGAACCCAAGCAUACUAUUCCGAAAGCCUUGUUUCAUAACUUGUUGAUGAUAACCCAUGAUGCGCACUCUGAAUUGACCGCAGGCUUUUUUUGCAAGUAUUUUUCUCCUCACACUGUUGUCUUAUUGCACACAAACAAAAAUCGACGACAACAAUCUAUUAUGUAUAAUAGGCUGGAAAGUGUUUACAUGACAAAGUACUUGAAUGUUUCCGAUUUUUUUAUAGCUUUGUAUAUGACACUUCUCUGGAAAUGUGCCUCAAUGGGAAUGUCUUAUUGUGAAACCUAAGAGAGACACUUAUUUUCUUGUUUUACUCAUGGAAACGUGUAAUGCUUUUGGUUAUCGUUGAGUUGUACUGUUACAUCUUCUGGGCUUGGUCCAUCUGUCUUGGAGAUGGGGGACUGCCAACUCCCCUUAGAAAUCUGGGAUCGGUCACUUGUAAGCUCGCUGUUUACAUUUGGCUAAAAUUGAAGCCGAGGGGCCCAAAACUAUGAAAGAAACCCUCCUCGUUGCAUUGUAUCUGAAACAUAAAAUCAUCAACCACCACUCAAGCCUUGCACAGGUCACCCGAAUCCAAUCUGAGUGCUCUUUAAUUUACAGGAAAAGAAAAAGCAAGCGUGAUCCAAGUGGCUCAGACCCACUAGCCAAGACACUGAGUUUCAAGUUGUGGACUGUGGUGGAGAUCCAUUAAGCCUAUACAUUUUGUUUUUCCUUCCUUCUGGUCUGGUGAAAGUGGAUUUAUUAUUACAAACUUGCACUUAGCUGACAGUGUCACUCCUCAGUGUGCGCAAACAAGGACCGUGGUGCAUUGCUGUCGCUGCAUGGGGAACGCCAGGACCCCAUGUCAAGUGCCUUCCUAAGAAAAUACCUGUGACUGUGCCAACUGAUGAGCCCUACUUCUUCUGCAGUGCGUCUUGAUGGCAAUCAGAACUUUUUUUUUCCUCCCACAGUUUUUGCUAAACGUCGGGGUCAAAGUGAAAAAGCCUCUUCCUUUUUUACUCAACGUGCAGUCAGGAAGCUGAGCUUGUAACAGACCUAUGCUUCAGGUCCAAAUCAGGCCUUCUUUUUACUAGAGGUACUGGUCCACCAAGAACAACAGAGAUAAACUUCAACCCACUAGGAUUUUGGUUCACUGAAUGGCAAGCCAUGUCUGUGUUGUCCAGAUUUUUGUUUUGUUUUGUUUUAAUAAAAUGUGACAUUUCUGACUUAAUUGUAAUUUUCUCCUUGGGAUAAACUCUCAAGCAUCCAACUGUCUGGUUUAAAAGACUUUUAAUACAAAAAGCAUUUUAUGUAA